GUGUUUGGGAACCUUGCUCAGUUGCCCAGACAGACAGACAUCUUUUGCUGUCACUCAUUGUAUCCCCAAGAGAGGAUCCGUUUGCUUCGCUCACUCUCUCUCUCUCUCUCUCUCUUUCUCGCUGCCUCUCAGUAACUAGGGCUGGACAAUUCAAGAAGAGUUUCUCUCUCGCAGGAGAGGUAGGAAGGAGAUGGUUGGAUCAGAGCCUUGCGCUGCCGGCCACCUCUGCCCAUGUCUUUAGCGCCAUGACCUGUUUGGAUGUGAUGUUUCACAUGUAUGGAGCUCAUCACCCUUAUUUCACAAGCGCCUCAGCCUUCACAACUCAAUACCCGCAGACUCUGCCGCUUUACCCCCGGGUGCAGGAAGCUGCGAUGGAGGGGGUCGCUGUGGGCUUCGGUCACCCUUCGUCCUCGGCCAAAGGGGAAUCUCUGCGAGAGAAGGGGAGCCCCGAGGCGGAGUACAUUAACCCCAAGUGCGUCCUGUUCACGUACUUCAACGGAGACAUCAGCAGCGUGGUGGACGAACACUUUACCCGCGCUCUGAACAACUACACGGCCGAGGGCAAAGAUUGCAAACAGAGCAAGCAAUCGCCAGAAGCCUUGUCGCCUCUCGCCCAGCGGACCUUCCCGGCUUCCUUCUGGGACAGUAAUUACCAGCCCCCCCCAGGCUCGGCCACCGCCGCCACCGGUGGCUUGUGUUCCCCGGGCUCCGAGACGUACCCUCCGGCACUGCCCCCCCAGUCGCUGGAGCACUGGCACUACCCACCCCUCGCCCAGCACAGCACCUCCUACCACCACCCUCGGACAGUGCACGAACUCUACCCAGUCACCCCCAGCCUGGACCCUCACUAUGGCUCGCUCCUCGUCCCGGCCAUCAGGUCAUCUCGCCUCCCGCCAGCCCUCGGCAGCUCAGAGACCCCCACACCCUGGACCGGGGUCUUCCCCACAGCGGAGGUCACACAGAUGUUAAACUUGAACGUCGAUGCAGGGCUGCAGCACCACGACAAAGCCAAAGACCUGUUCUGGUAUUAGCCUCCGGACUCUGCUCGCUGCUGGAGGCUGGGAGUGAGGUGCUGUCUUUCUGCAGUUGGCUCCUGCUCGCACCCACUGAUCUCCCAGCAGAUCUGACAGGAGACGGAGAGCUUGUGAGCGAGCCCCAGCAAGGGACGAGCGAGUGCUCUGAACAUACAACAAACACGCUACACACGCGCCUGUUCCCCAUCAGCCAUUGUCAGCACAGAACUUUACCCGAGGGAAGGGUGCACGGACAGGUCCUGAUAUUUGGGACGUCCUCCCGACGUGAAAGGCACUCUAUAAAUGAAAUCUUGUUGUUGUUGUUGUUGUUGUUGUUGCGGAACAGAGGAACGAACACAACACCUAUUUAUUUCAUUGACUCUCGAAUGGGAAACAGAACGGACGAAUUCUUAUACCUUUUUUUAACUCAUGUUGGUGAUUUCUCUCUCUUUUUUCUAACUUAUCUUCUGGAAACUUAUCUGAUUUUGUUUGGUGGUAGUUGGGUGUGGGGGGGGGGGGAAAGGUUUUUUUUAAUACUUUCUUCUCUAGCUAGCUCUCUCUCUCUCUCUCUCUCUCUCGCAGCUGUCGAAUAUGUGAAGAUUCUCCCCGGGAAUUCAACUAACAGUUUAAAUAAGAUUAAACGGAACAACAGAAAUAAUAAAAUCAGGGGAUUCACUUUGA